ACGCGUAGAAUGAAGGAAUGUCACCAAAUGUAGGUCACACCUGGAGGCUGCAUGGUCCAGAAUUAAGCUGAACCAGCAUCAUCGGCACCGGACGACAUCCAUCCACAUCAACCUGAAGACCAUCGGCUGGAGCUAGGAACUUCACCCGACGACUCAACGUUUUCUCCCUAAUAGGCAUGAUAGGGAACUGUGCCUAAAUAGAUCUCUUCUCCUAGUCGAACUGUGAUAUUAUAAACAUGGGCAAUGGUAUGAACAAGGUUCUUCCUGGUCUGUAUAUUGGGAAUAUACGAGACUCAAAAGACUUCCGCCAACUCGAUGAUAAUGACAUCACACAUAUCCUCUCAAUUCAUGACAAUGCCAAGAAAAUGCAUACCGGCAAGAAGUAUCUCUGUAUAACUGUAAGUGACUCACCGUCGACUGACCUCACGCCAUAUUUCUCUGAAUGCAACGAUUUCAUUCACGACGCUAGAAUCAAUGGAGGGAAUGUCCUUGUCCAUUGUCUGGCUGGGGUAUCUCGUAGUGUGACUGUGUCAGUUGCCUAUAUGAUGACGGUGACAGAUCUUGGUUGGAGGGAGACACUAAACGCUGUCAAAGGUGCAAGAAAAUGUGCCAGCCCCAAUUUUGGAUUCCAGCGCCAGCUCCAAGCAUUUGAAUUUAGGGGACUUAAAGAGGAAAAGAAACGGCUCAAAGAAAAGCAUCCACCAAUGCCGAAACGUUUCAACGAUGAGGAAUUUUGCCUUAAACUUCUGGAAGCUCACCAACGGUUUGUACUUUACGGGGACGUGGACCCAGAUGAGUCGGUGUACCCCCUAGCUCACAACGCGUAUAAAAACAGUGCUAGCUCGGACCAGAAUUGUAAUAAAAAUACAAAUAAUGGCGUUCUAGUCCAAUCACCGAGCCAGGAGGAUAUCAAGCACAAAAAAUGUAGAAGUUCGUCGAAAACUGAAGACGAUGAUGAUGAAGAUGACGCUUAACUGAGGGUCGAUUUAUUCAAAGGAGGCCUCAUGUCUCGGUGUGAUGUGUGAAGGUUGUUGCUCACUUCGCUGAUGAUGGUAAAAGAUCUUCCCCAAUUUGAAAUCCACUAAAACAUUUUGUUCAGCUGUGAAACUGGAAUUGUCUAAGGGGUCAUCUAUUAUUGAUAACAUUUUCAACCCAGAACAAAGCAUACUCUUUUUGGCAGAUUGCCUCCAUUCCCCUGUCAGAAUAUUUCAAAAAUAUAGUUUUUUUUAAUCUGUCUUUUACGACUGUGUAGUUUCAUUAGAGUUUUUAAGUGUGCAUUGAAUGUUGACAAGCAAAAUGGAUGACCCUAAAUACAGAUAUAAUGGUAUUUUUCGCCUUUGCUCUGACAUUUCAGUACUGCACUGCACUACACCUAGAGGCCUGGUAAACUUUUGGCUCCACUGUUUUAGGGGAAUUGGCAAUGUCAUGAGUAGUGCUAUUUGCAGUACAUGUCAGUUCGGCAAACGUCAAAAUUCGGCAGCGAUGCCGUCUGAGGCAACCGUUGCCGUAAAGUGACACUUCCGGUGAAAAUUGACACCACAGCAUUGAAAAUCAUGUGAGCAUCGUUCGAUUAAUUCCGGUUUUUUUUGGUUACUGCUGAAAUAAAUUAAAAAACACAUAUUUUACACACAAAUUUGCGCCAGAAUAUUCUGCAGUACAUGUCGUCUGCUGAGAGAGCUUACAAGACGGGGACAUGGGACAGGUCGUAUUAAUUAGCUGUAUUUGAGUAAGUGUAUUAGAAUUGAAUCUCCAUCAGUUGGUCUGACGCCACAUUUCAGUGGAGGCCAUUCUGAAAAUUGAGAAUUUUCAAAAAUGCGUGGAUAGACUUACAUUUCCUUGGGUAAAUAUUUAGAUCAAUACCAGCUGCCCCCUAUUAAUCUAUAGUGGAACCCCCGAUCGGCAGCGCUCGGCCCCGAAAUUAUCCCGAAGCUGAGGGAUGCCGCGUGAGGCAUCCGAGGGAUGCCGUAUAAAGCAACCGUUGCCGUUAACAGCAACGGGGGAUUCCUCGAACGGCAUCGCUGCCGAAUUUUGACGUUUGCCGAACUGAUGUAGCAAAUACACAUGUAACGUCUUAAAACUAUUGUGCAUAAAACAUGUGGUUGUGAAUUGAUGUUGUGUUUGAAAGACAAGCUUUCUGGUGAUAUGCAUUUCUUCCACUUCUGGUAAAAGUAGCUCAACGUGUCGUGUUCUAAAUCUGUUCUCCGAAGCGAAAUUUGCAAAGACGUCUUGUUUUAUGAGUUGCAUGUCAGGAUUCACUCCAUGAAACAAAGAUUGAUCAAGUUGACGCUAUAAGUUCUGGCAACAUGUGCUGCUUUGAAUAGUCUUCUGUUGGCAUGAAGCGUGAGACGUGAUGUAGUAACGUGAUUUCUCAGUGAACUCUGGCGAGUAAUGAUAAUGUUCACAGUGCCUAAUCUUGACCACUUAUUUGUUUGCAUGCAUAUUGUAUCAGCAAGGAUCGAAUGUCUCCUGUGUCCUCGUGAUAGGGCGUGAAGAAGUGCCUACUGUGGUAAAUUUUGAAAAUGUCGAACAAAUGACAUGUUCACUGUUGUUGGACAUUAUAUGUAUGUUGGACUUAACUAAGAUUAAAGUUUCAUACCUCAAAAUAAGUAUUUUAGAGAGAAAAAGAAGUUUGUAAACUUGUACUUGACUAUAUGAAGCAAGCUAUAUUUUGUAGAAUUGUAUGUUUAAAAUUAGUUGAAAUAUGUGUUUCUGACUUGUCUAUAAUGUUCAGUGUAACAUUCGCCGACCGGAUGCUGUGCGAAUUUAUCCAAUUGAAAUUAAUCAAACACGUUGAACUACAAGGCACUGUCCGUCGUUUUAACAUUUUUAUGAGCGUGCAAACUGUACAAUUUUGACCAAUCACUAUCCCUCCCCCAGAAGUGUACAAGUACAUCCUAAAAUGAAGUAUUUUAAAGUGGAUAAGUAAUUGCUUGUUCCAUGUUUUUAAAACUAGGUCAGGGGACUUUUUUUCCCAUGGAUUGUACUUAGUGCCAGAUUGUACCGAAACAAUCGGAACCCGUGGUCAAUGAAGUGAAAAGAGCAGAGCUUUCCAAGUGCUCAUUUUGAAAAUAGCCAGUAAUUCACGCUUUGACAAAUAAUCAUUUUUCAUUUUAGAAAAAGUAUACGGUAGUCUCUUAACCCCCUCCCCCUGCAAACGCUUUGUACGCUCGUGAAACUUUUAAAAAUAAUGGAUGGCCAACUGAAAGUUUUCCACUCAAAGUAUUUUUUCUGAUUAUGUGAUUGAAUUGUGAUUUUUUACCACCAGAUUUUAGCUUCUGAAUUUCUUGUCUGCAAGUUUUUAACCAGAAUGUUUUUGCUGUAAGUUUAAUGAUUUCUGUCUAGAUUCAGGUUUUAUAGCUUACAUGUAUCACCUCAGUGAGUUUGUUAUUAAUUUGUAAUGGUAGUGGCAAUGUCAAUUCUUGGAUGUUAUACAGUAAAUGUACCGUGUAGUAGUAGAUUGUAAUGUGCCAAUUUUUAAGUUUUUUUUUCUUUGAAGGGUAAGGGUUCAUUUAUGUGACCUAAAACAUAAGUAGAAUAAGAUGGAUAACCUUGAUGUGUGUGAUUUUAGAAUACUGACAAUACUCAUGACACUUAUUUCAGAAUUGGACAAGACCAAUGAUUCUGGUUCAAAUCGGUGAUAUUGGACGUUCUGUACAAUAGACUUUGUCUGGAAGGAGAGAGUCUAUCUAAAAAAAUCCUUUUGAAAUAAGGGACAAAUGUUUCGGGAGAAAUUGAAGGGUUAAUCUUGAAGUGUAUCCAGAUUUUUGAAUCAGUUUGUUAUGGUGUUGUGUCGUAAGUGACUUGGGGGUUUUGAGAAGUACAUGUGUAAUCUCACUCCAAACUACUCUAGUUUCUCACUCCAAACGUCCAGCCAGAUCUUUACAUAGUGCACAUUUCUAGGCCUGUAAUGGGAAAAGUUUAGGCCUUCUAUAUUGCCAUUGACGCUGCUGGUCAAUCAAGUAUAGGCCUGAAGAAACUUACUCCGAUCGUGGGCCUACUAAAAUGUAAACAUACACUGGCUUACUACAGUGGACCUUAGGCGUGUGAACCUAGAGUAUUUGGCGUGUUUGCAAGUUUUCUGUCUCCACUAAACGAUUUGUUGGUGUUAUUACGAUUUAUCAUUAUAGUAGAUAUAAGUAUAACCUAGGUAAGAAUAUUGAUUAUAAUCAUUAAGUUUUUUGAGAUUUUGAUUGCAUAAUAUUUGUGUUUGUUGUGUUACGCCAUUAAUUUAUGUUUCUAAGUCUGUGCUUUGUGAAUCUGUUUUCACUGCUCUUCAAAUCAAAUACUCCUUGGUUGAAAUUCAAACUGUGAUGACGAGUGCACUGCGUGGUUAAAUUUGGGUUGGCAAGAGCGUUCACUUUCACUAGGAAAUAUGUGACCCACCACGACAAAAUGAGUCGCAUGUCGCACAGAAGAUGAGCCUAAAAUGACACCAGGACAUACAUGUAAUAGAAGAAAUUGAUAUACUCCGAUUUUACAAAAGGCAGACAAUGGUGAAAUGAACAACCAGUCUGUCUCAACCUGUCAAGCUCAGAGCGACAUGCGACCUGUUUUGUCAUGGCGGGUCACAUAUGUCUGGUGAGUGUCAUGUGAUGGUACAGUCUUUUUUGGGAUGCUGGGGGAGAUAAACAAAAAAAGGCCGGGACUUUGGGAUCAUAUAAGCGGGAUGCGGGAGGUCCACAAAAUUGUCACGAUUCGUUGAAAAUGCCUGUCGGGAAUUGAGAUGGGGCCUUUUCGACAUGAGACGUAAGGACAGGUACCUCCCUUUCCCAAUCAUACAUUUGAGGAGUUGAGUUUCAUUCAAAGCAACAUACCCCGGUGGCCGGCAUUUUGGAAAAUGAGGGUUGCCACCCAUUGCUAGAUCCACUAUUUUAAAGUCGCAUCUUUCUCAAAUGGUCAACAUUGAUUUGUCUCGUUUUGAAAUAAAACCAUCCAUUAUCCGUGUCACAAGUUUUUUUAUCAUUUUUUAAUCACUACAUUUUGAACAGUUACAAUACAAAAUGCGAAUUUACCAUACAUGUAUUUGCAUGGCAAAAUAGUACAGUGGACUGAAGAUAAUGCCUGAAGGAUUGGGACUACAUACAGGUAUAGUGUCCUCCCGAUAAUAGUGAUGAGUCUCUUGAAGUUUUAUUGAACAGUCAUGAAACUUAGCUAUUGUUAACAUUUAUUUUACUCUCUGCUAACUCUACAUGUAUAUAGGUUUAACUUUCUAUGAUAAAUUCUAUCAAUUUGUAAGUGGAAA